AUGCCAAGAAUUCCUAGAGUAUCUCCCCUCAUUCCUCAAGAUCCGAAAAUUGAGCGGACAUUUCGUGCUAGGCGUCGAAGCUUGAAACGAGCAUCUAACAACAUAGAUCAUCAAGAGGAACCCGUUUUUCCUUUUGAGCACGAAGAACUAGAAUAUUCGGAUGGAGAGACGGAAAGUCUCCGAUCUUUCAAGAGUAGUUCAAGUGAUACAUUUCAUAUGGCGCAUGAUUUGAGGAGUUAUGGUGCCCCCGGGGCCUAUGAGGCAAAAAGUGCCAUCUCACUUCCAGCCUUGGAGGCUACCGAAUUUGAGUUACGGCCCGCACUUAUUGGGAUGGUUCAAAGGAGCCAAUUUACAGGGUCGAGACUUGAGAGCCCAAGGGAACAUCUAAAUACUUUUGUCGAUUAUUACUCCACUGUGAAACACAAUGGGGUAACCCAAGAAUACAUUCGAAUGGAACUCUUCAAGUUCUCCUUGAUCGGUAAUGCAAGAAAGUGGCUCGAUGACCUCAAGCCAAACUCAUUGACCUCUUGGAAUAAGGUGAUGGAGGCAUUCAUCAACAAAUAUAGUAGCCCCGCACAAACCGCGGACUACCGGUCCAAGAUGAUGACAUUCAAGGAAAGGACCGAUGAAACCCUUCAAGAGUCAUGGGAAAGAUUUAAUGAGCUUCUUCGCCAAUGCCCACAUCAUGGCAUAGAGAUGGAAGUGCUUCUCCAUUUCUUCUACCACGGACUUUCUAAGGCUUCUAGGACUGCCCUAGAUGCGGGAGCCGGGGGGCCAAUCAUGAAGAAGAGCUUAGAAGAGGUUUUUGACAUCAUUGAUGAUGUGGUCCGAAAUUGUGACGAUUGGAACGAUGAUAGAAGAGAAUGUGACAAGAAAGGAGGAAGGUACGACCUUGAGCCGAUCCAUGCUUUGAGCACCAAGUUUGAUGCUCUCGUUACACAACUUCAAAGGUCCAAUUCUAUCCCUUCUUGUCCUUCCACUCCCCAAUCCCCUUCUAGUGUCAUGUCUUGCGCUUUGUCUUGUGAUUAUUGUGGUUCAUUUGGGCAUCCCUCUUCAUAUUGCUAUCCUUUCGACCAACCCAUGGAACAAGUUAAUGCGUUUAAUAAUGCAAACAACCAACGGUUUGAUCCUUGUUCCAACACCUAUAACCCCGGUUGGAGGCACAACCCAAGGUUUAGUUGGAAGGAUGAUCAAACCCAGGGUCAAAACCAAUUUCAAAACCAUGGGAAUAGUCGAAAUCAAGGCAACUAUGAAGGUGGAAGUUCAAGCUAUUAUGGGGUCCAAGGAAUCAAAACUAUGCCCAAAAUUUUCAAAAUCAAGGUCAAUCUUCAAAUUUCCAAAGAACACCAUCACCACAAAGAUAUCAAAGUCAAGGGAGCUACCAAGAGUUCCCGGUUCUUUACCCCUCAAGGGAUUAGUCCCGGUGAGACCCAUCAAGCCAAUGCUAUUGUGAAAAGAAGUGGGAAAAACCUUGUGAAUUCAACUACUAAGAGUCCAAUUCAAGGAGAGAGUGAGCCCAUUGAUAAGAGUGAGCCUAUUGUUGAUACCACCAUAGACGAGGAAGAGGUUGUGGUGAGUGAACCAAUGGUUGUUGAAGUUCCAAAGAGAGUGGUCCCACCUUACGAGCCCAAAUUGCCUUUCCCAUCUCGUUUUGCCGGAGCUAACCUUGAUGAUCAAUUUGCAAAAUUCCAAAAAGCAAAUGCCUACUUAUGCCAAGUUUUUGAAGGAGAUCCUAACCAAGAAGAGGUUGUGGAUGUGGUUGAGACUAUUAGCCUACCCGAAAGUUGUAGUGCCAUUAUCCAAAACAAGUUGCCCACCAAAUUGAAAGAUCCCGGGAGCUUUUCCAUCCCUUGUGCAAUUGGGGAACUUGUCAUAGAUAAAGCCCUAUGUGAUUUGGGAGCAAGUGUGAGUGUAAUGCCUUUCUCUAUUUUUCAAAGGUUGAAUGUGGGGGAGUUGAAGCCUACCCAAGUGUCCCUCCAAUUAGCCGACCGUUCGGUGAAGCUUCCAUUGGGAAAGGUAGAGGAUGUGCCUAUGAGGAUCGGGAAGUUCUUUAUUCCCGUAGAUUUUGUGGUCUUAGAAAUGGAGGAGGACCCUAAUGUCCUAAUCAUCUUAGGAAGACCUUUUCUUGCCACCGCGGGAGCAAUCAUAGAUGUGAGAGGUGGUAGACUAUCCCUUAGUGUGGGGGAUGAGAAAAUUGAGUUUCAACUUAACCAAAUCAUGAGAUGCCCCUCCCAUAUGGAUGAUUGUAAAAGAAUUGAUAUCCUUGAUGAGAUUGUCAAUGAGUCUAUGAGCAUGCAUAUGCAUUCUACUAACGAUGUUCUUGAGUAUGUUCUUGUUCAUGACCCCAAUGAAUGA